UUGUUGUUGCGCUCUAGCUAACAAACACUUCCUGGGCGUACAGACUACAGAGGUAUAGCUGCAUCGCAUCGACGAAACAGAGCAGAGCAGAGGAGCGAGAAGAGAUUGAGCUGUGGUAUAGCGCCGCCCCUGUAUCUCCGAUGAGGAAAUUGUGCCCAAACCUGGAGCGCGACGACGCGCUGGACACGGUCCUGGAGGUGCCGAUCCCGGAGGAGAUGUUCACCGGCGGCGGCGGGUCGCGCGGGUCCAGGUUCGGUUGCACGGGCGUGAAGGCGUGGAUGCGCGCGCACGGCGCUCCGGACCGGUCCGGCGCUGGCGAGCCGUGCUCCAUGAGCCGCGGCGAGCUGCAGCUGAUGCUGGGCGUGAUCGGCGCGCCGCUCAUCCCGCUCCCCGUCGGCCACGCCAAGCAGUCGCCGUCCUCCGUGCUCUGCGAGCAGCUCAAGGGCGACCCCAUCGAGUCUUCUUCGGCCAAGUACAUCGUGCAGCAGUACAUCGCGGCGUCUGGCGGUGAGUGGGCGUUGAACAAGGUGACGAGCAUGUACGCGAUGGGGCGGGUGCGGAUGACGGCGGCCGAGCUCAACACCAACGACGCCGACGGCGCCACCGGCAAUGGCAACGGCCACGGUCACCGCGGCGGGAAGAAAGGCGGCAAGGGCGCUGGCUCAAGUGGCGAGAUCGGCGGGUUCGUGCUGUGGCAGAAGAAGCCGGAGCUGUGGUGCCUGGAGCUGGUGGUGUCCGGGUGCAAGAUCAGCGCCGGCAGCGACGGCAAGGUUGCCUGGCGGCAGACGCCGUGGCACCAGUCGCACGCCUCCCGUGGCCCGCCGCGGCCGCUCCGACGGUCGCUCCAGGGCCUGGACCCGAUGCUGACGGCGAGCCUGUUCGCGGAGGACUCGGUGUGCAUCGGGGAGCGGAGCAUCGGCGGCGAGGACUGCUUCGUGCUCAAGGUGGAGGCGGAGGCGUCCAGCCUGCGGGCGCGCAACAGCGGCAGCGUCGAGAUCAUCCGCCACACCGUCUGGGGAUACUUCAGCCAGCGCACGGGCCUGCUCGUCCAGCUCGAGGACUCGCACCUCCUCCAGAUCAAGCCCACCUCCGGCACCGGCAGCGUCUUCUGGGAGACCACCAUGGAGUCGCGCCUCGACGACUACCGCGCCGUCGACGGGGUCAACAUCGCCCACGCGGGCCGCACGGCGGUCUCGCUGGUGCGGUUCGGGGACGGGCAGGACGGCAGCACCAGGACGAGGAUGGAGGAGACCUGGAGCAUCGAGGAGGUCGACUUCAACAUCCGAGGCCUCUCCAUGGACUGCUUCCUCCCGCCCAGCGACCUCAGGGAGACCAAAGAGGCGCCGCAGGACGCCGUCGCUCCCGCCGUCGUCAAGGCACCGAGGCCGCCGCCGCUAAGGAUACCGGCCGUCGUGGCAAUACGCGUCGGGCCCUCACAGGUGGCCGCUGUCAACCUCGACGAAUCGUCGGAGCCGCUAAUCGCGAGAUGAUGACGUCGCCAUAAACUGCUCCUACCCGUAAGUAGAGAUCACCCCUGUAAAUAUGUUUCGAGUGAGAUUCUUCUAUAUUCUUUUUCGAGGUGUGGAUAAAGCCUCAAGCUAGAAUUGGGGUCAGAGGAGUGAGAGAGUAGUGAUUCGGACUAGAUGCAUGUAUACUCAUCGUCUAAUUAUAGAUGUAUUGUACUAAUGAGCUUAAUCAGCUCCGUCUAUGUAAAUGUGAAAGACAAAAAAAGAAACCCCGAUUCUGCUUGCCAGCAUGAUAGACAUUAA